AAGGGGCAAAGCAUAAAAUACUUGUCAUUCAAACGUUUCCAUACUUUGCUGUCCAUGAUCAAUGCAUUAACUGGAGCGUUUCAAUAAAGCAGUUUUGUCCCCAAUAUCAGUCUAUCCUAGUUGACAGUUAAUUGUAUCACGAUUAUUUGUAUGGCAAACGACAGGAGUGCUGGGGACGCUGCUUGGGUUAUGCAUCAUCAAAUGCCGUCGAAUCCCAAAGCCGCCUGGCCUUCAAAUUACAACUCAGAAAAUAAUAACGUGAACUGGAGUAACGCUAUGGAUGCUUCCCAAUACCCUGGUUACUCCUCAAACUACUGGUACCCCCAGUCACAUUCCACAGCAGGGCACUAUGCAAAUGCAUAUCCUUCAGGAUCUGACGUGCAGCCACCUUACAACCCACAGGCAAUGCAAGCAUAUCCAAAUGGCCACAGUGUCUAUAACCCUGGUCCAGGCCAGUAUCCGGCAAGUUCUUUCCACCCGUCCAACCCAUUCUACUGUGCAGACCAGAUGCCUCCCAGGCAGGCCCCAGGCCAGUACCCUAGCCAGUGCUGCCCAGGACCAGAGCAGAGCACAGGGGGGUCAGGACAACCACACGCCCAGCACCAACAUCAGCACCACCACUAUCCUGGACCACACUGUCAAGGGGCCUCUGGCUAUCUUCCUGGGUCUUACUCGCACUAUGGGGAAGGUGGUCCUGCGUUGCCACCAAACCCCCCAUACUCCACUGGACAGGCCAUUCACCAUAGGCCGCAGGCUGAGGCUUGGGCCCACUCGGGUGGGUAUGGGCCCUCGCACCAGCAGUGGCAGCCAGACAGCCACUAUGGGACCCCUGUCCACCCCCAACAACCCCCAGCAUGGCCAGGGACAGGCACUGGAGCCCCACCCUCCUAUGAAGCCAAGGACCAGCACUACACAGGACCCCACCAGCACCAGCGUGCCCCACAGCUGGGACCCAAACCCAGACUGGCCCACUCCCCUAACCCCACCAAUGGCAAGCCUGUCGACUUCAGCUCACCUCCCCAGAUGUACAAUAAACCAGGGCGAGGAGGGGCGCAGGAGCCAAAGCCUUCCCAGGGUGAGCCUCCACCCCCAAUCCCAGCUCCAGCCCAGCAUCAGGGAGUGAUCCACAACCCUAGCCUGGCCAAAGUCCAGCAGGUCAUGGCCCGGGUGCUUUUGCUCCAUGAGGAUGUGGACGAGUUUGUGGGUAAAAAAUCGGACAAGAGUUACAGGUACCUAGAGGAACUGCUUACUAAGGAGCUGCUGGUGUUGGACUCAGUGGAGACUCAGGGACAGGAAGUGGUAAGGCAGGCCCGGAAGGAGGCUGUGCAGAGGAUCCAGGCCAUACUGGACCGGCUGGAGAAAAAGGCCUUCUGAACUGAACCAGUUAUGUAUAUGGACGGGUCUUACUGUUCUUUUCUUGUGACAUUUGAAUCUUCCACAGUCAGGUUGUGGGCCUUAUUUCAGAUUUAAACCGGUCACUUAGAAUUCAUUGGAGUCCUAAGUCUUUGUUUGUUGUCUACACCUCCCGGAUCGGAAAGGUUUAGAUUGGCUGAUUGUCAACAAGGGUUUGGUUUGGAAUCGGGCUAGCUUGGGAUACUUUAUGCAGGUGUGAUCACAACAUACAUAAGAUGCCAUUUCAAAGUAGUCAUGAUGGAAAAUUGAAUGGUUGUACAUAUCAAGUUAUGAUGUUGGGUUAGUUUUCAUAACCCGACAUUAGUGUCCAUGACUGCUUAAAGCGUCUUAUGUCAUACUUAUGCCCAUGCAAUGUAGUGUCGCCAUGUUCCUUUCGAAGUAGGUAGACAUUUCCCCUUAAUCACUGGUACAGGAUCAGAUAAGUUUUCAGUUAGGAUUUGGAGUAGGCUGAUCUGAUCCUAGAUCUGUGGUUAAAGGCCAUGUGUUCCAUUCACCAUGUUUUCUUAGAUGAUGUGAACUAAUGGCACUGCCAUGAGAUUUCCCCUUUAUCACUCAACCCCAACAUUGUCACCCACUUGUCAUUGCAAGCAGAAUGCAAACGGUGCAUUCACACACACAGCCUUCCAAAUCGGUACUGGGUAAUGUAUUCUGUUUAUUUGACACUUCAGGAUAUACAAAGGUAGGGUCAAUUGCUUUUCAAUGUGGUCGAUUUUAAAGAAAUGUAUUGAAAUCCACUUAAUUGAGAAGUGGCGCAAAUGAAAAUAUUGACCAAGUUUCAAUUCACAUUCUGAAUAGAUGGAAUUGAUCUCAACCCUGGUAUGUACUGUUUUGUAGUUGGUCUACAACUUCUUCACAAUGCUAUUUCCAUUGACUGGUGGUAGACAGUCUAAGUGCAGAUCUAGGAUCAGUUUUUAGAAGGAUGAAAAGGAAAACUGACCUUCCUUUGGUGUGAUCUCUGACCAUUCUACCACAUAGUUUGACCAAUCCAGUCUCGGACCAGUGACUAUUUGAAGGAGGAAACGAAGGAUGCAUUGUCAAAGUAUUGGAUGAGGAGGUUGGAUCAACGAUUUCCUAGACUGUGAUCGGUUCUUAUAAAUACAAGUGCCAUAAUAUCGGCAGGUGCUUUUUCAAAUCUUAAAAAAAUAAACAAUCUCUAAAGCUUUGCAUGGAACAAAAUGUUAUGUUUGUCAUAUUAGUUACUUUUUUUCCCAUGUGCUGGUAUUUUUUUUUGUGUUUAAGAUUAUUGCGUAUUAGUUCGAUUGAUAUGUGUGUGUGUAACAGACCUGUAAAAGGUCAUGUCUACAGAGGUUUCUGAUUAAGUGCAUGUUUCCAACAUUUAGAUGGAAAUAUUUGCCUGACUGAUUUUAGAAGUGACUAUAGCUCAAACUGAGGACUUGCAUUAAAUGUCAGGACUCUUUUUUUUUUUAA